GAGCGCAGAGGCGGGACCGAAGGCAGGUGGCAGCGCGCGCAGCCAGACGGGGCGACAUUUCCAAGUGGACGAAAAACGCGGAAGAUUCUGCAGCCAGCUCUCAAUCGUAGCCCGGGGACGGAGCCCAAGAGUCCCUCUAAUACCAUGGUCCACGGGGGGAGCGCGCUAGGCGGCCCCGGGGCCCCGCGAGUGCGCGCCCCCGGCCCCAGCCGAGCCCUGGAAGCCACACCAGGACUCCGGGUCAGGACCUUGACUCUCGUCUGUGUGCUGUGGGUCCUACUUGAGCCAGCCACUGGUGCUAGAGCUUAUUCACCAGAUGACCUGAGGAAAAUGGAGUUGAGACCUUCAGAAGGAUGGUGUCCUGCAGGCUAUUACCGGACUGAGACUGGGGCUUGCGAGAUGUGCCAGGAGGGUGUGGACUACACCAACCAUUCCAACAACCUCUCUUCCUGCAUCCCCUGCAGCGUCUGUAGAAAUGAUAAAGAACAGAAGGGUCCGUGCACCACCACCAGAGAUGCAGAGUGCCAGUGUAAACCAGGCACCUUCCAGGAUCAAAACUCCCCUGAGUUCUGCCGAACGUGUUCGGACCGCUGCCAUGGUGAGAUGGUGGAGGAGAGUCCCUGUGUCCCCUGGAGUGACCGCAAAUGUGUCCACAAAGAAUCAGGUACCAAGGCCAUCAGGGAAACCCCGGCUUCUGCAGAGCCAGUGACAGCCAAUGUCAGCACUACUGCCUAUGUCCAUCCCUCCUUAGUCCGUAGAGACUUACAUAUUGUGGUGGGCCUUCUGGCUGUGGGUGCUGUAAUUGUUCUGCUUUGGAUUGCGUGGUGGUGUUCAAGGAGGAAGAAGAUAUUCAAUUGUAUAAAGAACAUCUUUCCAAGCCGUGGACAAGACUCUCAGCACAUGGACACAGUCUCUAUCCCAAGGGAGUCUGAAGCUCAGGACAAUGACCACAAUGAGAUCCUAGCCAGCACGAACUCACCAUCCACCCUGGACUCUGAGCAGCCAAGGAAUGGACAACAGCUGGUGACUCRUGUCACUGAAGAGUUCCCAGAGGAGGAAACAAGUCUGCUGAGACCUGCAGAAACAGAGAGGUCUCCGAUGAGAAGGAGGCCACUGGUUCCAGUAGAGGGAACUGACACCGUUGAGACCAUUCGGCAGUUCUUCAGUUGCCAUCAGAACAUUGUACCCUAUAAAUCCUGGGAUAAACUCAUGCGGGUGCUGGGCCUUAAAGAUAAUGAAAUUCUUAUGAUCAAAGAUGGAAUACAGAACCGGGAAGAUUGGUUGUAUGAGAUGAUGGUAAAAUGGCUCAACAAAAUGGGGCACAGUGCCUCCAUCAACACCGUUCUGGAUGCCUUGGAAAGAAUUGGCGAGAGAAAUGCAAGGGAGAAAAUCGAGGACUACAUGGUAAAUUCUGGAAAAUUUAUCUAUCAGGAAGAUGGAGCAGAUCCUGCAAGGUCGCUUCUUUAGAAAGGUAAAUGUUCCCUCCUUUGUCUUUUCU